AUGAAUAUGGCAGUAAUCAUCGACUCCUUCGAACAACUUACAACCCGAAUCGGACGUUUACAGAUGAGAAGAUGUGGUCCAAUACCAGCUUUGACAAUCUUCGUCGUUUACACUCCAACAUCAACCUACGAAGAAGAAGAAGUCGAAUCUUUCUAUAAUGACCUGGAGAAGCUCUACAGAGAAGACUAUACCUUGUACAAGGUCAUAAUUGGUGAUUUCAGCACCAAAAUUGGUCUCAGAAGAACGCAUGGAGAACUUCACAUCGGCACCCACGGCCUUCAAUCGAAUGAGAAGGGAGAGAGGCUUUCCGAGUUCAUCAUGACGACUAAGACCAUCCAUGAGAACUCGCAAUUCCAGAAGCCCUACUCUCUACGCUGGACGUGGGAGUCACCCGGUGGAGAAUCUAUCAUCGACUGGGAACUCUUCAUUUCGCUAGUCGGCUUUUUUCAAGAUACCGUCAUGGAUAACAUCGACGACGAAUAUGCACGACUUGUAGGAGGAAUGCGAAGAGUUUCAAAACCACCAAGAGACGGUGGAGCUGCUCGAGCUGCAAGCAACCAAGAACUCAUGUCUGAGCUCGCUAGGUUUUGCAGAGAAGCCUUAAAGGAAGAUCUCAAAGAGAGAAGAGCAGAAGUGCUGGCUGAAGCUGCAAAGGUGAGACAGAGCAUUCGUUAUGCCCAUGGAACAAUUACAGCAUCAAGAAGGGGGAUGAAAAACGUCAUUCACAACUUCUACUCAGACUUCUUCGACAGCCACGUCUACUUGCCUCCUUACCAUCUGAGGGAAGAUGGACAUGUCAUUCCAAAAGUCCUCCCUUCCGAAGUCCGACAUGCCAUCAUGUUGGUUAAGAAUCGUACUUCACCCAGUCCCAACAGAAUAAGACCAGAACAACUGAAGAACCUUCCGCCAGUACUCAUCAAGUACCCUGGCGAGGCUCUUUACACGUUACCUGUCUGA